AGUGGCGUCGUAGGCAACGGUCGCGUGGGCCGCAACCAUCAUGUUCUGGGCCGGAAACCCUGUUCUAGCACCUGACGAAGCGGGCUUUGUGGAGUUGAUGCUUCAAGAUUGCGUGUUAAUCGCCAUGCGUCAAGUCAAACACAUUUGUUAUUAGCGGCCUUGCGAGGGGAUGUUUAAACAGUCUGACGACUCCAAGCCGCCCGAAGGCGGCAACGCCCAACUUCGUCAGAGCACGUCUGGGAAUCCGUUUGCAUUGACUGCUUCGACCGCAUUCUCGUCGGAUGCCUCGACAGUAGUGAGUGGUGGCCCGGCAGCCUCGACCCAAAGUUCCUUUGGGAAUGCCAACAAGCUUAGCUUCGGUGCCAAGUGGGAUUGCCCAGCAACCACGGCACCCAUUUUCACCUUUGGAGGCUCUGCUGAAAUGUCGUGCAGUGCAAGCCAGAGUGGGUUCAAAGCAGAACAAGGCCUCUGCGGAAUGGCAGAGCUUGGAACCAAGGCGGAACAGUCGUUCAAGCUGCCAUUUUCGUCAUCCGGGGCUGCUACCUUGUUUGGGAAUGCUGCGCUCGGCUCGCCACCUCCUUCAAGUGAGGCAACAAUGUCGUCAUUCAGUGGUGUCGCUACGUCCCAGCCAGUCCUGUAUGGCAACAGUGGAAACACACCAACUGGAAGCUCAGCUGUGUUUGGCCAGAGGAGCACAUUUUCAAGCACCCAAGCUCCUCAUAGCACCACUGCAAUUGAAGAGCCGAAAAAAAUGGCCCAGUCAAACAUUUUUGGAAACACAAAGGAGGUGUGUGGUGCUGGUCAGACGGGUGAGAAUGCUGCCUUCUACUUAGCUUCCUCACAGCAGGUCAAGCCUGGCAUGUUUGCCAACUUGCAAAAACUGCCACCAGCCACAAGCUCUGUGCCACCUAGCGUGUUUGGGGUGCAGAAGCCGAGCGAGGUGACCUCUGGAACAGCAGGCAUUUUUGGCAGCGAAUCCGCCACUCUCGCAGUGCAGCCGACGGUCCGGCGUCUUUUUGACAACAUCGUAGAAAAGGACAAGACCUCCGAGGAUGCACACCAGCCUACCGAAAAGGUUGGCUGUGUGCAGCCAUUGUGUCAGCAAAGGAGGCAUGGCACCAAGGUGACUGCGACGCCCGAGGAGAUCAGCGUACUGACCACAUUGCUGUGCAACCAGGUGCCUGCGGAGCUCAACGACCGCGAAGUGCUUCUCGAGCACUUUGCCCAGUUUGGUCGGGUCGAGCGCAUCACCUGCAACCCCAAACGCAAGAGUGCUACCAUUCAUUUCACCGACCACCAUUCCGCCGAGUUGGCAAAGAAAAGAGGGACCACCAUCUCCAAGCAGUUUCCCCCCGUGGAAAUCUUCUGGUGCUCAAAGAGGCGACCUUCUGGUGUGGGUGACACUCCCCUAUGCAGUUCAAGCACAGAGGUUGAACUUGCCAAGCCCUGUGUCCUGGAGAGACCUCGAGCAAGCAGCGUAACACGGCGGGUCCGGUCGCAGCUGGACCGAGGCUCCAAACGAACGGCAGCCUCACGUGUCAAGGCUGGCGAGAGUGCCGACGACCCGGUGGUGGCUAAGACUCACCAUGCAGAGGAAUCCCUGUCGUCGCUACUCAGGCAGUCUGCGCACAGCGUGGGAGAACGCUUUCGAGUGCUUGAUGCACGGGACAAGAUCAUUCGGCUGCGGUUGGAGAAGCAGAGCGACCUGGCCACCGCACGUGCCACCAGGGGCGCCUGCCCCGACAUGUGCCCUGAGAAGGAGCGCUACUCGCGCACCGACAAGAAGUGCCUCUCCUCUUUCGAGAUCCUCCCCGGCAGUGAUGGAGUGAUGGACCACACGCGUAUGGUCAAGGAGUACAGCCGCUCCUCUGCUGACCAGGAAGAGCCCCUAGCUCACGAACUGCGGCCACCCCAUGUGCUACGACACACCAUGGACUACCUGCUGGUGCACCUGAUGGACUCGGCCUCCGGCACAGCGCCAGCCACGGGAGAGUGGUACGACUUCAUCUGGAACCGGACACGGGCCAUCCGCAAGGAUAUCACGCAGCAGCACCUGUGCGACGAAGUGUGCGUGGCUCUGGUGGAGCAGUGUGCACGCUUCCACAUACACUGCGCUGCUGCCCUCUGCGAGGAGGACAUGUCAGCCUUUGACCCCAAGAUCAACAAUGAGAACCUGGUCAAGUGUCUGCAGACGCUCAAGCACUUCUACUACGACCUCUCCCUGCGCGGGUUGCGCUGUCCGAAUGAGCCGGAGUUUCGGGCAUACGACGUGCUCCUGCACCUCACCGAGGGAGACACCAUCAGGCAGGUGCAGAAGCUGCCUGCCUGGGUGCGCUGGUCGGCCGAGGUGAAGCGUGCGGUGGCUGCAUUUGCAGCCCUCAACAGCAACAACUAUGUGCGCUUCUUCCGGGUGGCGGCCCAAGCACCCUACCUGGCAGCCUGCCUCCUGCACCGCUACUUUGGACAGGUGCGCCUACGGGCCCUCCAGACCUUCCUCAAGGCCUUCUGCCAGCCCAACCACAGCGAGGAGUUCUCGCUGGAGGUGUUGGGGCGGCAGCUGGGCUUUGAUUCGUCAUCCGAGGUGCGCGUGUUUGCAUCCGCCCUGGGACUGCACACGAGUGAGCAGGCCCUGCUGCUGGACCGUGCCUCCCAGAUCCAGCCGGAGCUGAUGGGUGCCCUGCCAGUGGGGCGCUCCCAGGCGCUCGUCGAGUCCAAGCGCAUCACCUCGGUGGGAGAGGUGGUGAAUGGGGGUCCCCUGCCACCAGAUCCCCAGGAGAAAUACCAGCCACAUGACAGCUUCAUGCUGGAUGGCACGCUACGCCCGGCAGCCUAUGACGCCACUGACCAAGUCCUGAAAUGCUGGGGAGAGAGUACACAGAAGGAUCAAGAGCCUGCCCCAGAGGUGGAACGACAGCCAGAGCCAGAGCCAGGGCCAGAGCCAGGGCCAGAGCCAGGGCCAGAGCCAGGGCCAGGGCCAGGGCCAAAGCCUGUUGCGUACCCUGAUGAGGUGAUCGAGGAAGUACUGCAUGCGCUGGUCGAGGGUGUGGUGCACCAGGAGCUGGAGGCCCUGGGGCAAGACCUUGUGCUCACCAAGGUGGCCGAGCUGACAGCCACGGCCCUGCUCGAGGAAGAGACACACCAGCUCUCCAAGGUGGCUUGCCGGGAAGAGUACCUCCGUGCAGAAGAGCAACGUCUGCAGGAGAAGCUGCUGGCCAAGAGACAGGCGCGAGAGGAUGAGGAACAGGCACGAGAGCAGCUUGCAGCUGAGAUCCUGCACGAGGGCCUGGAGAGCGAGACUGAGGAUCUCUGCAGGGGCUGCCACGGUGAGGCCCUGGGCCGGUGGCAGUGGGCCCAGAGUGAGCUCAUUCUGGCGAGCCUGCUGGACGAAGUGCCCCUAGAGGAAAGCAGCCGUGCGGCCAGGGACAGCCUGGCCGAGGAAUGGGCGCAGCACGAAGACAACUGCAAGCGGGCCGACCUCUUUCGCCGUCACUCCCUACUGGCUGCAGCAUUUGCUCGCUGGGUGGAGUUCUGCGAACGAGAGAAGCGCCAGAGGAGAGCCCGCGAGAGCUUCCCUGCAGCUCCCAGCAUGCGGUGCAACCUGACUGACCCCAGCCUCAAGCUGGAGCCAUCACUGCCCCAUAAGAGGGCCAGGAUCAGCUGGGACUGCCUGUCCAAGGGACUCGACGCAGGUGUGCUGAUGGGUGCCCUGACAGAGGAGCUAGAGCGAGCCCCACUUGACCUGGACCAGCUGCUGAGGUACAUCAGCACUGAACAGCAUGAAUUCCCAUUCAAGUUGGUCGUGUGUCUUCCAUCGGCCAACUGUGUGCAUUCGUACAAGGCACAGCAGACCGUGUCCCGUGUGCGCUCCAAACUGGGUUGUCUGCCUCAGCUGGAAGAUGCCAAGGUGGAAACCAUAGCCAGCCGCCAAGGCAGUGCCACGCCCUUCUGCCUGACGGUUGUGCACGGGGGUGACUUCUCCUCCGAGGGAUGGGACUCUGCCGGAAGGCCUCGGCUACUGUGGGGCACAUCUGCUCUGCUGCUGCUGCUUGUGGAUGCCGAUGAACCCAAGGACCAGUUGGAGAGGAGGCUGGCAGAGACCUUGAGGGACGCUUCGAGGCUGCGCCCAGUGCCGUGCGUGUGCGUGGUGGACCUGGCAGACCCGGCUGUCAUUGGGAAUGUCGUGGAGGAGGGCCACCUCCAAGGGCUGCUUCCCCAAGUGUGGCGCAUCUUCUCCUGCAGCCGAGGAAAGGCACCUCCCCGCAGAGUGCUGGAGGAGGCAGUGUGGUGGUGUUCACAGUUCCGUGCUGUGCCUCCUCCGCUGCAAACCAGCCUGCUGAGAGACUUCAUCAGGAGAGGCGUUUACCAGCUGGUCUUCGAUACCAUCAACAGUGACCUGACCCAACAUCGGUUGCGUUGGCAGUUCCCCAACGACUUGAUCAAGCUGUACAACUGUACACUGGACCACCUUGCAGCCGUGGCGGCCUCGGAGCGGCUCCUUGAACUGAGCGUGGUUGCACCAGAGAUCAAACAUCCAAGGUACAGCCAAGACUGGAAUGAACCUGACCGCCUCAAGGCACUGUGCAGGCACGUGAAGUCGUUGAAGCUGGCGGAGGUGUGCGGCGAAACUCACGAUGUGGCUACGUUGAGCAGCUACAUUGAGCAGCUGUGCAACCAGCAUGGGUGCCUUGUCCACCGGAAGGCAGCUGUGCUCAGAAGCAUUGCCAAUGUGCUCGAACAGCAUGGGGAGAGCAGUCCUUGGCUGUCGUCUGCAACACCCUGGGUUGACGUCCUGCAAGAGUGCUUUUGCCAUCUUCUCUUUGGGUCAAGCUUUGAGGAUGAGGGCACCGGAGACGAGAUGGUGGUGCACUACCUUCCUUCUGAGCUUGACCAGUUCAACGCAUGGGACACUUGGAUGGACAUCACGCUUCAGCCCAGCAGGGAUGCUUCCAUGGUGAGGCCACCCCUGAAGCCUGAGACCACCGGCCUGCAGCCAGUGACACCAGCUUCGAGUCUCGUCUCUUCUGCUGGGGAGCAAAAAGCGCUGCAACCUGUUGGCAGAACAGAUCAAGUGCUUGGGACUUCAGACUCGCAGCACCUUCAUCAGUUCGAGAUGAUGCUUGCACACCAUAAGAGCUUGUCAGCCUCAUUUUCUUCUCAGCUGGAAACCAUGCUGACAACUCCCAGCAACGUCUCCACACUUGGCCAGGAGGACGACAAAGAAAAUGAUGUGCCAUGCUUUGGGUCUACUUGCGAACAGAAGGUUGAGGAUAUGCUUGCUGUGCUGGAGGCAAGAGUUCAGGAAAGCCGGAAGUCGUCAGUAAUGUUCCACACAUUUGCAACGACUGUACUGAAAUCAUGAAGACCAUCCAAGAAGCAAAACUGUAAUACUAAGUGCAAAAAAAUAUAUCUCGUCAUUGCUUUCA